ACAACAACGACUACAGCUGGACCAACAACGACUACAGCUGCACCACCACCAGCAACAACAACUACAGCUGCACCAACAACUACAGCCGCAACAACUACAGCUGCACCACCAGCAACAACCACAGGUGCACCAAUAACAACUACAGCUGGACAAAUAAUCACAACAACCACUGCUGCAACAACCGCAGCUGCAACAACAACCACCACAAUGGCUCCAACAACCACUACAACAUCCACCACUAUGACCACCACUCCGCUCUACCGUCCAUCAAUCGCUCCUCUAAGCAAGAUUCCUCUGCAGUUCUCGAUUCAUGUUGACUCACACUACAUCUCUACAUGCACUGAUGGCGAUUAUUUCCCUAUAUAUGUGUCUCCAACUCCACGUAAUGGAGUAAAUAUUCCCGCCUAUGUCAACAUCCCGCUUGAAAUCAGAGUCAGAGCCCGAGCGAGAUAUUCCAGUAUCUAUGACCUCAUUGUCACUGGGCCGAGGGGCGUUGCAAAGCGGAGGAUAUCCACGGAAGAAUUUGCCAUAAAGUGGACGCCAACUGAAAAUGAAGUGAAUGACCAUUUCCCCUUUUGCUUUUUUGUGGAGUCAAGAGAUCGGUACUACAGAAUCUAUCAGUCAGAGGUUCGAUGUGUGACUGCUGAUGUUGGACACUACAAAACCGUGGUUCGCUGCACUGAAUCCACAAUGACCGUGGAAGUGGAGAGAACCUACCUCAUCAAUCGUAACCAGGGUAGCCUACACCUGAAAAACUACAGAGACACCGGCUGCAGGCUGUCAACACGCUCCAACAGCACCCACCUUGUUGCCACCAUGGCACUGAACGGCUGCGGGACCACAGUGGAGGAGGAUGGAGAUUACAUUGUCUUCAGGAACGAGAUCACAUCUGCAGACCCGAGUCAAGUUAUUACCAGGCAAAAUGAAGUGGAAAUUGCAUUUUCAUGCGUCUUUCCCAAACGCAAUAAUAUCACCCUGGGAUACAAACACAAGAACCCGUACGCCUUCUUAGAGAAAGGCUUCGGUGCGUUCACCUUCCAGUUUGAGUUCUAUGAGAGCGAGAGGUUCAGGAGGCAGAGGGAUCCCAACUCUUACCCAGUGGAGGUCUACCUCAAACAGAUGAUCUACAUGCAGAUUAAAUCAACUGCCUCCAUCCCCAACACGGAGCUGUUUGUGGAGUCCUGCAAGGCCACGCCCUAUGACAACCCAAACUCUCGCAUCAGCUACACCAUCAUUUCCAACGGGUGUGCAAGGGACAGCACUGUGAGAAUUUACCCCAGCGCCAACACUCUGUUCAGAUUUGGAAUGGAGGCUUUUGAAUUCAUUGGCUCUCAUGAGCAGGUCUACAUCACCUGCACAGUCAUCCUGUGUGAGACUGGGGUUCCUGGAACGAGGUGCUCUCAAGGCUGCAUCCAGUCCAACGGGCGCAAGAGGAGAGAAGCUGCUUCCCAGACCUCCAGGCACUCCAUUUCCCAGGGACCCCUGCACCUGAUCAAACCGUCCGACAGCCACGUUUCUGGCCCAAGCCUGAAUCUGGGCAUGAACCUGGUCUUCAUCGCCGGCUGCCUGCUGGUGUGUGGGGUGGUCGUCUACCGGUCCAGGAGGUCCAAAGCUAAAUACCAGCUCCUGCGCCUCUGUGGGGCUGUUGGGGCCAGUUUCCAGGUGCUGAUGGCCCAGAGAAUCCCUGUGGGCCAGACAGGGCUGACCGAGGUGGAGUUGAGGGUCAUAAGUGGGGAGACGGUGGAGCUGCGCACCAAGCAGGCUCAUUACCACUGCUACCACAACACACCGGUCUGCUCCAGCGGCGACUGCGGCACCGUGACCCACACGAGCUCUGCAAGCAUCGACUACAACUACUACAGCUACUACUGGUGCCAGAACGAGGUGGUGACCACCAGGAAACUCUCCAGCAACCGGCCCUUUGAGAUCAGGUGA